ACCAAACAAAAAACCAACCAACCAACCAAACAAACAAACAAAACCAAAACAACACCAAGAAUGAAAUUGGAGAGAAACCUGAGAUGGCAGACAUGGCAAGAAAACUCAAGGAGUAAACAAUAAAUAGCCAAAGGAGCCUUGCUAAAGAAGUUUGAUUGAUAUGAUGAAAUAACAUUUAUAUUUUAACAAACAAAUUCAGUGGGCUUUGAUUUGAAUGCAAAUAUUCUAUACAGCUGCACACAAAUAAAAAUCCAGGGUUCUUUAUUAAUUGUCUUUUAAUUUUUUAAUUUAAGAAAAAUAACUUAAUGGGUAAAUGGUCAAAGGUUUUUUCAUAAGAAGAUACAUAUCAGUGCAGCUGCAUUAAUGGACAGAGUCAAGAAAUUAUUAGAAUAGUGCCAAAGUAGAUUUUUCAGCUACCAGUGUUGCCCCUUUACAGGCAUGUUGUGAAGGUCCUGUUGAUAUAUAGAAUGGUCUAUAUUUGUUGCUGUUUUCAUCUCUUUAAAGCUGAGGUGAGCUAAAGCAGUGCAGGCCUUUAACAUGCACACAUUUCACAUCAGGACAGAUUUUCAUUAACAUUGCUUGCCUUGAUAUCAGUCUGCCAUUGAAUAGAAUAGUGACUACACCUGGGGAAGGUCACAGGAAAAUUCAGGUGACCUGGUUGAAGUCAGCAGUACCUACAGGAAACACAGUGAUUUAUAUCAAUGUGGUUGCAGUAAUGCCCAAAAUCUUCAUUCAGAUUCCUGUAAUGUCAACUGUAGAAUAAAACAUAAACGAAUAUUUAAGUCAGACUUUACAGUCCCUGUGAAGGUAUAGGAAAUGGAGGGAUGCAAACCUGAAAGUGAUGCUUCCUAAUUUCCCCACAAUGUAAACCCUCAUCAAUCUAUCUGCUAACAUAAAACAUCAUUUGCAUUUCUUCUACUCAGUACAACUUGUUCUUCUUUCAGAAGCAGGGUGAGUGCUGUCAAUGCUGACACGGAGAAGGACUUCAACAUUUUGAAUAUUUUCAAACUGGAUGUGGCCAGUUUAAAAAAAAGGCUUUGACAACAGAUCUUUCAUAAACAUUACAGAAUUUAACGCAAAUGCCUUUUAAAGUUGACAGCUUUCACCCCUUCACCAACAAUGUUUAAAGCUUACAGGGUAUGCUAUUUUUAAAUAUCAUUAAUACAGUUUUGCUGGCUUUGGACUGUUAAGGUAGACAAAACCAAUAAAAUCUGUUCCACCAUGGAGGACUACUAAAAUACACUAAAAUGGUAUAAGAGGCUGGACUUUAAGUAAGACAGAUACUGUAUUGUUUGGAAACCUCAGGUGUGACUUGAUCUGUGCGGAGCAGCUCUGUGAACCUGUCUGUGUCAGUGUAAGACACAGCUCUACUUCCCAGCAGUGACUGCUUCAGCCAGCUCUGGUUACUGCUGCAGGGCAUGAUUGCUGUGCUGCAACAGGAGGAUUAAUCCUGCUGGCUUUGCUCCAGAGUUUGUGAUGUCCACAAGAGAUGGGAGAAGGGGAGGGAGAAUCCAUCACGUCCUUGCUGGUGUUUGACCUGUGUCUGCAGCCUCAUCUGUAUAUAAAAUUGCACCAGUUGAAUUAAAUAUGGUGUUUCUAUGUGCUCCAGAGUCUGUAUGGACACACAUAACUCAGCCUGCAGGAGGGAUUUAUAUGUUUGUUAAGCUUAAAGUGUUAUGCAUCCCCUGAGAGAACAGUUUUGGAAAAAAUUCCCUGAGAAAGGCCAUAUUUGAGCUCACAUCCUUGGACAAAGCAGAGGUUGGAGGAACAGGUGAAACAGCCAGGAAGAAUCCUGUACCCUGAGACAGUACAAAGGAUCAGAAAGGAAGGAUGUUUGUGAUAGUAUGAACCACAGAAAGAGCAGAGAAGGAAACCCCAAAGCACAACCAGUGAAGAAGGAAGGCCCUGACAACUCACUGUAAGCACCUUGGCCGUGAGAAGCCUGAAGCACAGGGACAAAUCAACCAACCACAAAGCAAAGAGCUCACUUAUUUCCUCUUUUGUGCUCAGUUCUUCACAAUGCUGAAUGGAUUUGAAGGAGCUGAGUCAGUAUUAAUUAGAGUUUCAUGGACGACCUUUUUGUGUUUUGUGACUGCAAGACUGCCUGCCCUCUAUGCACUGCCUUGUUGAUUUGGAAAUAAUGGGGUGAAGAAUUCCUUAUUUUUGUAGAUGGGACAACAGAAAAUAUGACUGUGAGUAAAAUAGAGACAAAUUGUGUGUCUAGGCUCCUGUACUUGGCAGUAUUCACUCUUCUACGAUGUGAUGAAGAUGUGAAGCUCCCAAAAUUGGGGAUAGAUGGAUCUGGCCUUUAACUCAUAUCCCUUCCCAUUGAUGACCUCACCAACACCAGUGGAGCAACUGCAGGAUGAUGUCAGACCCCAGGUACUAAAGGAGCCCAUCAGCAGUAGGGUGCCAAGAAAAUUCCUUUCAGUCCCGAUUCACACGACUACUAGAGCUGCAUUAUUGACAUGAUGCACUCACAGAUCUCACAGCAGUUCAUUAAUUUCUUAUCACUUGGUUGUAACUUAAUGCCCUGUUACCAUGAGGAUAUGUGAAGUCCCCAGAAACAAAGAGGAGAAGUAAAAGUCUCCAAGACCUUUGCAAAUAGCAUGCCCCAGGAUCACUUAAACUGUCUGUUCAGAUGCUGUAGUCUACAGGGUAAAAUGCACCAAGAGACUUUAAUUUCCAGGAAGGCUGAUUUUGUAUCUCAUCCAAAAUAUGCUACCAUUACUACAGCAUCCCAGAUAAAUAUGAUGGGAUCAGUACCAACUGGAAAGGAAGAUAAGUUUUUGCUGAAUCACUGUCACUGCAUCUGGUCUUAGGUAAACACCUACAGGCCCUUGGGUUAGCACUUGAGGGAAUAUAUGUAUAGACGUGUUUCCUCUUUGAGUCACCCACGCCAUUUACUGUGGCAAACAGUUCUUUUUUGAACAGUUCUUCCCACUGUACUGUGGCACUGAUACCUUUUAAACUUUUAGAAGAAAGAGUGCUUUACCUUGAGUCAUCAGCUGUAGAUGUCCCCCAAGAUACCCUGUGAUGGAGGACAGCAGCAUGCAAAGCAGAAAAGAGCAAUGUGAGUGAGAAGGGAACGUGCAGAAGUAUGUGAAGUAUUCAUCUCUCCUAGCCAUGAAGGGCGUCCAGCAAUCUUUGUCAAUGUCCAUGAUUAUUUUCUAUCCCAAAAAAACGAGUUGAACAGUUGCUAAUCCAGUAGGCAGAAAAAGAGGAGAGCUAAGAGGAGAUGCUUCAUACCAGAUGAAGGCCUGCAGAUGCAGCGCCACAUGUCUUGGAGAAUGUGCUUGGACUGCAAGAGAAAAAGGGGCGUUCGCAUGCCGGUGUGCUGCGGCUCCCUCCGGUGUCCACCGCGAGCAAGAGCAGCAGGACACCUCCAGCUAUUUCUCUGUGGCUUCUCUGGUAUGUAAAAUACUGAACAGCUUCCAGCGAGCAACUCCAUCACCAGCAGCAUCGCCCCCAUCAGCACUAAGCUCUCCAAACGGAGUGGUUUUGCUAGCACAAGGGAUCUACCCGCAUCAAGCAGCUGAGAGAGAAUGUCUUCCAGUUUGAAAGAAAAAUUUAAAGCUCAAGAGCAAUCAGCAGAAACCUCCUCACCCAGUACUGGCUGUGAAUCCUGUGCUCUGUGGGAGACGGUGGUACAUCAACACAUUGGUAGAUGACAACAUUUGGCAUCGAUGAAAAUUUCCAAAUAAAUGUGUUGAAAACUCACCAGGCCUUCAGGAUGUUUUAGUUAGCCUCUUAAGCGGUAACAGCUCAAAUGACAGCACAGAGGCACAGAGAAAAACAAAAGCCAAACCAAGGUGUGUGGAAAAUUGUCCAAACAUAGUGCUAUGUGGACUUCCAGAAAAAGCCAAGGAUAUGAGACGAUUCCUCAAACGGGUGGUGGUUAUAACUUCCAUCAUAUCCUUCUGUUUGUUUAAUGACCCCUUGAGCAUUUCCAAUGGACUCGGUUUUAGCCAGUCCCUGAAAGCAGGAAUGGUGGUGUCUUGCUCCAGUGAAAGAGAGGAAUGGUCUUUGGGUUCAGAGGGCUGCCCUGGUGAGCAGGGAAAUGCUUAGCUUUCCCCAGACCCUCUGCACCUCUUCUGGUAUGGUCCACCACUCAUGCAUCCUCCAGAAGUCUUGGGAGGACCACAAAUAAGAAAGAACAGUUGUUUUCCCCUUGAGCACUGCCAAAACCAAUGUUCAGCCACUCUCAGGCCAGAACGGCAGCGGCGCUGCAGGACGGGCCCCGUGGCCGGUACCUGUUCCCGUUCCUUGUGCUCCCUGCCUGCCACGAGCCUGCUCCAGUGGGAAGCCCAGUCCCUCCAUCCCGCCGGGAAGCGCCAGCAAGGCAGCAGGGUGAUGUCCCCGCUGUCGCUGCCCGCCGAUGCCCUCCUGCCAGCCCGUCUGCCCGCCGGCCCCGGCCCCGCCACCGGCCCCGCUCGGUGCCGCGGGGCGGAGAGCCGGGGGAGCAUCCGGGCGCAUCCUGCGGGAGAACGGGAUGCGGGCUCCGCAAUGUCCCUGUGCCACGGACAGCCAGGGAAACGGGGAAGAGGACCGGAGCACUGGGGCGGGGGGGACUGGCGGCAGCUGCGGCGGGAAGCGUGGCUAGAGGUAGCGGCCUGAGGAGAAGCCGGGCUGCAUAGAAGGGCAGGACGAAACGGGACACCAGUGUGCAACGCAGACCCAAGAAUCCAUCCCUGGUGCUGGGCCAUCCUGGGGGAAUGGGAGGAGCCCCUUCGCAGGACAAUAAACUCUGGAAUGAGGGUGUGGGCUGCUGCUCCUCGCUCCCCCCCUUCAUUCCACAUGCAUGAUGAUACCAUAUCCCUCCAUCUCGCUGGCUUCUUGGUUUUUUUUGUUUUGUUUUUUUUUCCUUUUUUUUUCCCCUUUUCCCAGAAAUUGUAUUUUGAAGACAAGCAAAAGGAGAACGUGUUCUGGGUGUGGCUGCAUGUGAUUUACCCAAUAGCCAAAGUGGGGGGGCGCCGAAGGGGAAAAACAGAGCGUCUGCUGCUGAAGGGAGUGGAAGCUGAGGGCUGCAGGAUGAAGAUCUCUGGAACCUGUAUACUGUUUUGUGUCUUAACACUCUUCUUGUCCCCAGCUGACUGGUUUCCAUGGAUGGUCAAUGGGCAAGAACUGGAAACUGCAACUGGUGCAGCUGCCACACCACCUGUGCUUCUUCCUCCUGUUCAGUCUGACAGCGAAACAACAACGGCUUCAUCAGACUGCCGUGAGGAAAAGUUCCCUUGCACGCGCCUGUACUCUGUUCACAAGCCAGUAAAGCAGUGUAUCAGCUACCUCUGUGUUACAAGUGUGCGUCGCAUGUACGUAAUAAACAAGGAGGUGUGCACUCGCAUUAUCUGCAAGGAGAAUGAGGUCAUGCAAGAUGAGAUCUGUCGCCAGCUGGCUGGCCUUCCUCCUCGACGUCUCCGCCGAUCCGGGCAGCCCCUGCCUCUCCCUUGCAGACAGCUCCUGGAGCAGCAGCGCAGGCCUGAUGCCCUGUGAGCUACCGACAGUAGGAGAGGAAAAGGAAGAGAGAGAAGUCAUCAUCCACUACCUACAUUCCAAGACAAGUGCAUCUUGUUUGUGAUUCCCCCAUUGCUUCCUUGCUUCUAUGCCUUCUUCUACAUCCUCUUCUUCAGGUGCUGCAGGGCACAGAGUACCCUCCCUGCCAAUCUGUCAUGAUAGCUGUUGUCAUCUUUAUAAUCUAUUACUGAGGAUAGGGGACUCUCCCCUCUUUUCUCUCACACUCUACCUGGCAGACUGUGAGCUGCUCAUUUCCCAGAGGUCCUUAUAAAUGUGCUGCACCUUCUCUUGCUUCGCCCCUGGAGAGAGCCAGAAAUGGGGACAGGAUGAAGUCCUCCCCAAUGGUACAGAUGCCCUAAGCUGCAUCUCAUCUCACCUUCAUGCCCUAGGACUCCUGCCCUAGAUUUCUGGCCUGGCAUCAGCAUGAGCUCGGAUGUGGUUGGUCAGCCUGAGCCACUCUGAUUCUCCCGAGCCAUUGAGUUUGCUGUGUUAUAGCACAUUCUCCUCCUUGUGUCUGCUGGCCUCAGGGAAGUGACAGAACUAGGAGAUGAGCUGUCAUGAAUCCAAGGCACUCCUCCCUGGAUGGCAACAGAUCAUUUAUAACUACCUCUGGGAAGUUUUUGUCUCAAGCCCAUUGCCUCCCUCACACACAUCUCCUACCAAAAGGAGAAAAUCUGCAUUUAGUAUGGGAUUAUAUUUUUCUCAAAAAGAUUAUGUUGGAUCAGAGUGCUGCUUCUUCUACUCCUCCUCUCCUCUCCCCUGUUCUUGUCCCUCCCUUCCCUCUGAAGACAUCUCUUGAUGCCCAUUCCAGGCAAGUUUCAGGGAGCAGUAAUUGCAGCUGCCUCCACUCCUAAGCCCAAGAAAGCCCAUGAAGAACCUGUGUGACCUGACAUUACUGAGACCUUGCAAUGAAUUAUCUUGUCUUGGUGUCUUGUCUUGGUCUGGCUACCUCCACACUCUCCAGUUGCUGUGCCUGCUUUCAAUCUCCAGUUGAGUUCCUACCUCCUGACCUGGAAGCUCCUGCGCAAAGCAGGAAGGAGCUGCAAAUUGGAAUCGGAUGUGGGAGCAGAAUCAUUAUCUGGGAUUGCUGUUUACCUGGGACCUGGGAUUUUCCUGCAGAAUCUCUGACUGUGCUGACCUGCACAGAGCCAGGUGCUGAUGGGGAAGGUAAACAUAUCUGCAGGUAUAAGUGCUUAUACAGGCCAGUCUGGGCAGAAGAACUCACUGUGGCAGCACUGGAUGUCUGGUCUGCUCAAGGACUGUGUUUUCUAGAUACAUGGAGAACAUUUCCAGGUAUAUGGGCAGUUUUCAUGAUGCGGCCAGGUAGGGUAAGUGGGGAAGAGCAGUCUGAAUUGUAUUAAUCACUCCAUGUGACUCUUAGUGGAAUGAUUCUGUGGGGCACCAGAGGAUCAGCAAGACCCUAUGUUGUUCCCAAGUAGCUGAAAGCCAGUUUGCUAGAUUUGGCAUUCAAUCCCCAAGCAUUGUCUGCUGAACCCUUCAGUCUUGCAGGACCACUGCCCUGUUGCACAGAUCCAGGGUCACACAGUACUGGGGACAGUUUGCUGCGCAGAGGCAGACAUCUCAGAAAAAGAGCAAAACAAUUUGUGCAGGACCAUCUCGGCAGGACCUGCAUUUCUGCUGUAUGCAGCAAGAAGCUAAUCACAUCCUCUGUGUGGGGGAUGUAACCCUGUGCAGACAGAUUCCAUAUGAGGUCAAAAUUAGCCCUAGAUGGACUAAAUCUCUCUAUAUUUAUCCAGUGUACAGGAGAAAGAAUUCCAAAUCACACAGUGACUAGAAUUUUUUCCUACAUAUAGGAACCCUGCACUGCUACUCAGAGGAUGAUGCUCCUCUCGAGUACUCCAGGCUCAUGAGACUAGGAAUGAAGGAGGGAUUUCUUUGUACUGAGAGGGUGCACAUUUCUGUAGAGAGGAGGGUACUGAGAGCUUGAUCUCAAAGACAUUCAAGCCAGUGGCAGCCACUGGCUUCCAUGCCACAGGGACACCUGUGAAAAUUGCCUGUGUGGAGGAAGGUAGGAUGGAGAUGGAUCUUGGAAAUUGGACUGGGUCAAGUCUGUUCUCUGUAUUUAGAGGUGAAUAUUCAUUGCUAUAGAUACAUAACUGGGUAACAUAGCUACUGUACAGCAUAUAAAAAAUUAACUUUCAUACAGGUUGGGAAGUGGUUAGAAGCCUUUCUGUUGCUUUCAGCAGGGACAGGAAGAGGUGCUCCUGUCCAGGAGAACACUGUUUUAAUGCUAGAGUCUAUAUAAUCCAUAUUAAAAGAAAAUUUAUUUCCUGUUAUUCUUGACAACUCUCAUGUGUUUGGGUUUAUUUGUCUCUUGCUGUAUUUCCUCCAGAUUUGUGGGUAUACAUGAUUGCAUAGAGAAUCUAUCAUUUGGAAGCUUUUACUCCCUGCUAGCCUAGUCCUUUGCUGUCACCCUCCUCUCACUCAUGAAUCACAGCUCAUGGGAGUUCCUGGGAACGCUUUUUUUUUCCUAGAGAAACAUAACAUUUUCUCCAGCAUUUUUUUUUACCAUGGAUAGCUGUGCUAGAUUUUCCUGACAAUUGUUAGAUGCUGAACACAGGGAUAACUCCUCCCAGCCCAUGAAAUUUGUGCUGAGGACACAUCUUUUUACUAUGCACAUGCCAUGACUUUCUGGUGGAGAAUUAACAUCUCCAAAUAAAAUGGCAAGGUGACUGAAAUAA